AUUUACAUAUUUACUCCGUAAACAUAGGACAUAGGUACAUACAGCGGGGGUUUUUUAUGUAAUUUAAAAAAGAAAAAGAAAAAAGAAAUACAAUAUGAAAAUAUAUUCAUACGUAAGUACUAAAUACAGGUACAGUCUACUUACAAGUUGGCAUCAGUACUGACGAAGUAUUUACAUACAUCUGCUGCGUAUCCCAAAGGUUACUUUUCAUAAGAUCCGCUCCAUAUAAAUAUAACUGGCAUAUUGCAGUUCGAACAAAACCAGCACUGUAUGUAUAGUGCGAAAUAUUCUUCAAAACUCAUUGUACUGACUACGACCUCAAGUAAGAAACAGACUCUUACUGUUGAAUUGAAGCAUCCCCGAAUAAACCACACUCGUAGAGAAAAGAACUCUUGUAAGAUUUCAUCUAGGUUCUUAGUAGCACGGGUUGUCUCAAACACAAUUUUCAAUCUUCAUUUACAUAUAUACGUGCUCUUUAUGAUGAUUAGUGACGAAGGCGAAGAUGCGAACGCCCCCGUGUGUGUGUUCAAGAAACGAAGAGGGAAUAAGAGUGCUAGUAGAUGCCGUAUUGGUUCGGGGAAAAGAACUACUAUUAAGAACAGUCGAAACAGUGGCAGUGAUGCCGAUGAUGCGUCUGACUCGCAGGAUAGCAGCUCAUACAGUGGGAAGGGAAAUAUCGUGAGAGUGGAUCGGAAACGUGUGCGACUGAAUGUUUCUGGCACGAAUAGGAACAAUACACGGCGUGUGAAACGUGGUGGAACAGCUCGGAGCGACAAUGCAGAUAAUCAAAAAUUCUGGCUCGGAGGAGGAUGGGGAUAAGGGUGGUAUGGGGUCUAUUGAUAUGGUGACUGGGGAUAGUGUCGUGGGAUUUGCGAGAGCCUCCCGAGGUGAUAUGAACAAGGAUACACAUGCAACGAGUGCAAAUGUAAUAGAUGGUAGAGAAGACGGGGAACGCAAGGAAGUGAAUGGGAAUAUACAAGCGCGUGUGCCAGGUAGUAGAGGUGCUAAUGUUUCAAGUUUUAUCAAGCCUGGACCCCAGAAAGCUUCCGCCAACAUCCGUGUGACUUCUAGAUUUGAUUACCAACCGGAUGUAUGCAAGGACUACAAGGAAACGGGAUAUUGUGGCUUUGGCGAUACUUGUAAAUUCAUGCACGAUAGAGGCGACUAUAAAACGGGGUGGCAACUAGAUAGGGAAUGGGAUAGCGGUACAUACGGUAAGAAGCAGACUGAUAACCAAAGUAGUGAUGAAGCAGAGGAAGAAAUCCCCUUUGCUUGCUACAUUUGUAGGGAAGAGUUCACUAAUCCGGUGGUGACCCGGUGUGAGCACUACUUCUGUAUGAAGUGUGCGCUUGAACACUA